AUGAUGGAGAAGGUCUGGAAGAUCCAUGAGCUGGAUCCCAACUUCCCAGAUAGCAUUCUCGACAAGAUCAAGGAGUUCCUGUUCAACGAAGAUGUCUUCAUCAACCCCGAGAAACACGCUGAACUCAUCGCGGAAGUCAAGAUCGAGGCUGCUCUGAUCGUCAACAACUCUCCAUACGCUGAAGUCAGAGCCGUGGUCGACAACACCGAUGACCCCAAUAUGCCUUGUGCGUCUCUGCGAGCUUAUGUCAUCGGCUUGCUCUUUGUCACUGUGCUCGCUUUCAUCAAUCAACUGUUCUCGAUCAGACAGCCUUCAAUCACCGUCGAAGCCAAUGUCGCCCAGCUGCUUGCCUACCCUGUUGGAGUCGGUGCUGCAAGAUGGCUCCCUGACAAGGGAUUCACUCUGUUCGGAACACGCCACAGUCUGAACCCUGGGCCGUUCUCUAAGAAGGAACAUAUGCUUAUUACCAUCAUGGCCAAAGUCGGAGCCAACCUUCCGUAUACUGACUACGUCGUCUGGGUACAGUUCCUUCCCCAUAUGUUCAACCAGAGUUGGGCUGGCUCCUUCGCAUAUCAGAUCGUGAUUGCGAUCGGUACGAACUUCAUUGGAUUCGGUCUCGCUGGCAUAUGUCGGCGCUUCCUCGUCUAUCCUGCCUACUGCGUCUGGCCCACCUCUCUCGUGACAAUGGCUCUAAACAAUUCUUUCCACGACAGCUCCAAUCCUUCCGUCAUGGGUCCGUUCAAGAGUAUCUUGACAAUGUCUAGGCUGAAGUUCUUUGUCUUGACCUUUACAGCCAUGUUCUUCUGGUUUUGGUUGCCCAACUUCCUCUUCGAAGCCCUCAGUAUCUUCAAUUGGAUCAACUGGAUCGCACCAAAUAACCUGCACCUUUCCACUAUCACCGGCAUGAACAAUGGACUUGGCAUCAAUCCUUUCCCUACCUUUGACUGGAACAUUCUGCUUUGGGAUCAAAUGGACCCCUUGAUGGUGCCUUUCUUCAACACAAUCAAUCGUUUUGUCGGUCUUGUCAUCUCCGCCUUUGCUCUUCUUGGUAUUUGGUACACAAACACUUUCAACACUGGCUACUUGCCCAUCAACUCCAACAAAGUCUUCGACCAUUUUGGCAAAUUCUACAACGUUACUCGCACGCUGGACGACCGUGGCAUGUUCGAUGCUGCAAAGUACACCGAUUAUUCACCAGCAUACAUGAGUGCUGCCAGCUUGACCUCUUACGCAUGCUUCUUUGCCAUCUAUACCGCAACCAUCUCUUAUGCUUUCAUGUACCACCGUCACGAGAUCAUGAUGGGCUUCAAGAAUCUCUUCCACCGUGGCGAAAGACAAGAGUACAACGACGUUCACAAUCGCUUGAUGUCUGCUUACCCCGAAGGUUGGUGA